UUUAAAAACAAAAACAAAUUUGUGGUUCUUAUUUUGUUUGUUUGGGGUUUUCUGAGUGAGAAAAAAAGAUCUUCUGUUAUGGCCGGCAGUCUCCUUGCGUUGUGUCUGUUCAUCUGUCUGUACAUGGGAACAGCUGCAGGUGGAAGCUGCAUGGUAUCGUGUUCUAAACGUGUUCGUACAUCAACGUCGUGCGGACUAUUCGGAUGGAGCAGUUGUACAGCAUACAGGUAUGUAACAACCAGCUGUGCCUGUGGAUUCGGCUGGCGACAUGACGGAGAGUGCAGCGGUUCCUGUGGAAGUGGAGUACAAAGGUUCGUGUCCGAGUCAAGCUGCGGGUGUCCCAUACAGUACAAGACAGAAGCCUGUCAGAACAACAACCCUUGUCCAGUUGACGGCACGUGGAGUUCGUGGAGUGUGGUCAGUAGCGGGUGCUCAGUGACGUGUGGCGGAGGAGUGCGAACACUCUACAGAACCAGGAGCUGUGUGAACAGAGCUUACGGUGGCAGAGACUGUCCAGGCCUGUCCUCGAUCAGCGAGACCCAGAGCUGCAACAACGUCAAGUGUCCACUUGCAGCACCGCCGAAUCCCUGUCUGAGUUCGCCCUGUAAGAACAGCGCCACGUGUGUUGAUCACAAGGAUGGAACCUUCCACUGUCAGUGUAUGCAGGGUUACGGUGGAGUCCUCUGUCAAAACGACAUACAACCGCCUGUUGUCAACGAUUGCAUGGAUAAUUUCACAUCCUACGUCACGACAGCUAAGGUAACAGUUGAAUGGACGGUUCCAGUCUUCACUGAUCCAAUGGGAUCGGAGAUCAAAGUGAUAUCGAACUACCCUAGGAACAAUUCUGAGUUUCCGUGGGGUGACUUCACGGUCCAGUAUACAGCAACUAAACUCUUAAAUGCCAAACAAACGGAGUGUACAUUUGUGGUGUCCGUCCGCCCUACUCCAUGCGACCCACUGAACAUCCCCCAACAUGGCGCCAGGGUGUGCAAUGGGUGGGGGACAAGCUAUGCCCAGAUCUGCAUGGUGUUCUGUUCGGAAGACAUGAGCCUGCCCCUGGGGGAGGACCACCGUCAGCUGUGGGUGUGUGGGGCGACGGGACGGUGGAUUCCUAGCCGUCCCCUCCCAGACUGCUCGGCCCAGCCCGUCGUGCCCGGAGUUCCUAUUGACGACGGCUACAACGUGCGCGACUACACAUACUCCACCUGCCUAGACGACGACAUCAGACGUACGUACGUGGACACCGUGAAGGGUUCUGUCUUUAAAGACGUCUGCAACUUGGGUGAAGGGUGUCAACCCAGUCAAGUGACCAUUGACUGCGACUAGAUAAAAAUAAAAGCAAAACAACAACAACUACAACAAGUCAGAUAUUCAGCCUGGCUAUGUAUUCAGAACAGAACUGUAUUCAACUCAGAUCACCAAACGGUGAUUCACUGAGGUGGUUUACAAACAUAUUAUACAGACAGCUGCAGUAAACGCUUGA